AUGUGGGGCGGACGCGGCUCGCCCGCCGCCGCGCCCCGGGGCGCCGCCUCGCUGCUGCAGCUGCUGCUGGCCGCGCUGCUGGCGGCGGGGGCGCGGGCGAGCGGCGAGUACUGCCACGGCUGGCUGGACGCGCAGGGCGUCUGGCGCCUCGGCUUCCAGUGCCCCGAGCGCUUCGACGGCGGCGACGCCACCAUCUGCUGCGGCAGCUGCGCGCUGCGCUACUGCUGCUCCAGCGCCGAGGCGCGCCUGGACCAGGGCGGCUGCGACAACGACCGGCAGCAGGGCGCGGGCGAGCCGGGCCGGGCGGACAAGGACGGCCCGGACGGCGCGGCAGUCCCCAUCUACGUGCCAUUCCUCAUUGUUGGGUCCGUCUUUGUCGCCUUCAUCAUCUUGGGGUCCCUGGUGGCCGCUUGUUGCUGCAGAUGUCUCCGGCCUAAGCAGGAGCCCCAGCAGAGCCGCGCCCCCGGAGGGAACCGCCUGAUGGAGACCAUCCCCAUGAUCCCCAGUGCCAGCACUUCAAGGGGCUCGUCCUCCCGCCAGUCCAGCACAGCUGCCAGCUCCAGUUCUAGUGCCAACUCGGGGGCCAGGGCACCCCCAACAAGGUCACAGACCAACUGCUGCUUGCCCGAGGGGACCAUGAACAACGUGUAUGUCAACAUGCCCACAAAUUUCUCUGUGCUGAACUGUCAGCAGGCCACCCAGAUUGUGCCCCAUCAAGGGCAGUACCUACAUCCCCCAUAUGUGGGGUACACGGUACAGCAUGACUCGGUGCCUAUGACUCCUGUGCCCCCUUUCCUGGACAGCCUGCAGACGGGCUACAGGCAGAUCCAGGCGCCCUUCCCUCACACUAACAGCGAACAGAAGAUGUACCCGGCUGUGACUGUGUAACCCGGGGCGCGACCAGGCUCCUAAUGAGACAGGAGCAUGGAGAAGCUAUGCACUUGGACCAAAGGAUCUAAGUGGAGGUCUGCCCAUGUUGCUGGUGCGGACAGCCCCCUUCUCCUCGAUGGCUUCGUUUGCCCCCAAGUGUAUGAAACAUUUCUUUCCAAGUUAGCCUUUCUGGAUGUUUCCUCCCAGCGCAUGAUUGAUUUCCAAUGGAAAAAAGCAUCAUCUGGAGAUGCCCAUGUUGUUGCCAGUGGUUGUGUGACAGAUGCUUGGGCCUUAUAUGCUCCUGAGGUCUGGCUGUCAGAAGAAUUUUGUGAUGGGAUAGACUAAGGGUUCUCACUGUAUCCUUAUUAUUGUCUCUUUUUGUUUUUUCCUGUACAAGAUCAGAAUACUUGUUCCCUCCCUUUUACCUGGGUAAGAUUUUUAUAAGCAUCCAAGUUUCAGGGGAAGAUGUAAAGAACAAAACUAUUAUAAAGGGAAAUCCAGUAGGAACUCCCUGAGAUUAGUCCUCGAUCUCAGUGUUUCACAGGCACAUCUUCAUUUCAUUGUAAAAAGAUAUAUAUAUUUUGUCUAUUUUUGUGCUUUUGGGGGGGGGUCUAUUUUGUGCUUUUUUACCUUGUGUAGAGAUCUUAUUACAAAGUGAUUUUCUACAUUAAAAAGAGACUGAAAGAAAUUGUAUAGUUACUUAACUAAGGACAUUUCAGAACUCUGGGAUUAUUUCAGUCUUGGAAGUAGCCAGUGGCGUAGUAAUACAACCAUUCAUCUCACUCUUGAUCAUAUCAUCUAAUUUUCUGGCAUUAGAGUGACAUCUGAUAAGUAAUUAGAUGUUUUUUUUUUGUUUUUUUUUUUUUUAUUGAAAUCCUAAACAGUCACCUGCUACUUCUCCAAGUUACUUUGAAUUUUACCGUGUGGUAUGGCUUGUCAUUCAUUCUAUUUGGCUUCAGGAUCCCCAUGUCUGUAUGGUACUGUGUGCAGGUAAUUCCUGUUAUAAAUGAAGAUCAGCAUUUCUGCCUAGAUCUGAUAAAAAACAUUCUCGUUUUCCUAUAAAAAUUCAAAGAAAUGGUUUACAAAGAUACUUCAUAUAGCUUCUCAGCCAUAACCUGAGACUUGGGAUGAAAUUUAAACCACAAAUAGAAUUUACUUUGCAAAUCAUAAGGCUUUUUAUAGUCUUAUUAUCAAAAUGGCUUAUUUUUCAGGCAGUGAGGACUGUUAAGUCAAGAGAACAGCUUUUCAAAGAGAUACUGCCUUUCUUCCCUCUCGAGGUUAGUUUUUGUUUUCCUCUCCUAGUUCUCAACAAGCACUAUAUUCAUUACUAGUGUUCUGAAUUAUGAAAUUUAAGUGAGUCUCUGUAUUGUUUACUUGAAAGAAGUAAAUCUAAGUAUGUGCAAGCAAAUUUCCAACUGCUGGCAAAACCGAGAUUUGCAAUUAAACAAAAACGUUGUAAGGUAUGGUCUUACACACAUUUAUAUCUAUCGUUUAUUUAUCUACCCGUCCAUCCGUUCAUUAUCUACCCUAUUCUCUCCUCUCUAUCAUCCCCCUCUCUCAUGACUGAAUGAUGUAAAACCAUUGUUGGCAAGUGGUAUCAAUGAAGAUGCUCAAAAUUUUUUAAGCAACAAAGGCAGGGGAAAUCAUUUUACUUACUAAUAAAUAUUUUAUGGUAUGAAUUC